AUGAGUGAAGAGUUCCAGUUGAAACCAGUAUCAUUUUCUCCAGAAGUGCUUGCAAGAAUAGCGCCGGAACUUUCGUUGCAAAGACACUUGUCAGUAGGGGUUAGACCAUGUCUACGUUCAUUCCAGGAAUUCAAAUCGGUUCAAAUAAAUCCUCAGCUAGACUCUAUAAAUCGAUACACUUCUAACCAAGGGAUCAGUAGUAAGUCGACCGUUUUGGGAUCUUCAAAUAUAAAAUGUGGAAACACCAUCAUCUUUUGCACCAUAACUGGAGGUUUUAUAGAAACUCUUCUACCAAAUGAUGAGGCCGAUGAGAACGUGAAAGAAUAUGAAAAAAUCUAUGAGAACAGCGAAAAGCAGGAAAAUAACCAACAAGAUGAUAGCUUAUCUAACUUCAGAACUGUAUAUCCAAUUAUUGAGAUUGAAAGAGGCAGAACCGGUGCUCCUACAGAUGAAGAAAUGAUCAUUUCCCAAACAUUACAUGAUACAUUACUAAACUCCAAAAUAUUACCCAAAGAGUCCUUGGAAAUUGAUUUGGGAUUGAAGACAGUGGAUAAAGAUAAUAAUGAAAUUAUCAUUUAUCCUAAUGAAUCAAAGGAUAUUGAUUCUUCAUUGUUCCAAUUCCCAAGAAAAUACUCUUUUGUGUUAUACGCCUCAAUUCAAGUUUUCAGCAGGUCUGGUCCAAUACUAGACGCUGCGUGGUUGGCUCUUAUGAUUGCCUUGAAAUCUACCAAAUUGCCUUGUGUUUAUUUCGAUGAAAAAAAUUCCAACUUACUUAAUGAUAUUAGUUCUUUAUCCAGCAAAAAGAGUGUUAAAACCGGGGUCGUCAACGCGAAAUCAGGAUCGCAAAUUAUUUGUGAUCCUACUAAAAGCCAUGAUUUGAAAUUAAACAAUUCUGAUUUAUACACCACUACCAUUGGUCUUAUUGAGUUGGAUAAGGAUUUUAGCGUGGAGAUUGAAGAUGUGGAGAACAAUGAGGAUUUCAAAGCUUUAUCGGUUGACAAACACACUAGAAACGAAGGUGAACCAAUUUUGUUGUGUGACAUAGAAGGAGAUGCUGAAGAAAAUGCUAUUGGAUCAAGGGUUGUUGUUAUUCCUGAUAUCAAUACUGAAGAUGACGAUAAUUUGGUUUCGGUGACGAUCAUUGGGGGUGGGAGUAAAGUUACAAAGCAAUCUAUCCAAAACUCUAUUGGCCUUGCAAAGUUGAGAUCCAAAAAUUUACAGCAACAAUCAUGA